AUGGCUCCGGAACAGUCGUCCCAGACUGACCCGCAGACCGUCUCGCCAAUCCAGUCGUCUGUAUCUCCCUCGACUCAACCGCGAGAGCCAUCGCCUCUGGUCCAUCCCGCCCAGCGAGCAUCAACAACCGAUACCAACUCCGUCCAGAGUCCCUACGGCCUGUAUCCCCAAUCCUAUGGAUCUCACUAUGUUCCAUACGACCAGACUGCUCCCCAGCAGCUGCGCCAGAUGCAACAGCAGCAGGCACCGGUGAACAUGCCAAAUGGCCAACAACCAGUCACAUACAUGACCGUCCCGGCACCUUUUCAACAGCCGCCCGAGUCGAACAAGCGAAAGGUGACCAAGGAUAUUCUCCAUGUGAUUGUCAUCAUCAUUUGCAUCAUUGGCAUGGGCUUCGCCUUUUCGCUCCUUGGACGUUCCCCGUACAGAAAUUACAGCUCCAGCUCAAGAUAUUACUACUACGACGACUUUGACCGUUAUAUUCCCGCCAUGUCUGCCGGCCCAGUUUUCGCUGUAGCCCUUGUCUGGAGUUUCGUUGAACUCAUCGUCCGUUGCUCUCGCAAUUGGAAAGCCGGCAUCCAUCCCGGCGCCCAUGUCGGUGUUUGUCUCUGCCUCUGGCUCGGAGCCGUCAUUGUUGGAUCCAUUCUCGCCGUAUAUGUCACGCAGCCCUGGGACUACGGCGACUGCAGCAGCGUCAGCUCCAGCAGCAGCAGAUAUGAGCGGUGUCUCAGAAACCAGGAUCCCAUGAUGGUGGGAUCGACGGCCCUCGUUUUGAUUCUUGCCUUUUUCGAAAUCGUCAUCUUCAUCAUUGCCUGUACGGAUACAAACAUCCGCAACAGGUGGAAGCGAAGCGUCGUCAUUGCCUCUACACCAUACUGGGCUCCUCCUCCUCAGGGAUGGUACGUUGCUCCCGGUCAACAGCCUCUUCAGCAGCAGCCUCAGCAGCAGCCUCAGCAACAGUAUAUGCCCAUGGGCCAUGCUCCGAUGACCCAGGUGCAGCCCAUGAUGAUGGCUCAUACUCGUGCUGCGCCUGCACCUCAAGAGCCGCAGCCAACCGCCACUGAGAUGGGUGGUAAUGGAAAGAAUCCGGCGCAGUCUGAGCCUGCUGUUAGGGAAUAUUACACUCCGGGAACAGCUCAGUAG